AUCUGUCUCGCUCCUUCGGUUCUUCCCCUCGCUCAAUCUGUCUCCCUCGUGCCGCCGCCUCGCUAGGGUUCGGCUCCACCGUCGCCGCCGCCGCGCACCGCGACCGCCUGCCGUCACCGCGCACCGCGACCGCCUGCCGCCGAGCGCCGCGACCGCCUGCCGCCGCGCACCUCGACCGCCUGCCGCCGCGCACCUCGACCGCCUGCCGCCGCCGCCACCACCGCCAUCCCGGCGCUUCCCACCUUCGUCCUUUUCCACGAUGCUCCGUCUCCGGCCGUCUGCCCUGACUCCCAGGCAGCCAUAGUCCGAGCUCAUCUACCCUGAUUCCCUGACAUCGACCCCCGAGCUUCUUUCCCGUCAAUUCCCGGGCCUAGGCCAUUCUCCGCCUUCCACGAUCCAUAUCUUCAUCGGCGCCCUUUCACUCUUCCGUCAUGGCAAUGCAAGACCAUCCUUCUCCGUGUGGUCGCCACCCCCAAAUCCUGCUGGAUAGAAAUUGUUUAGUGGGCCAGUUGGAAAAUUCCACUACUGCAAAAACCAAGAAUAGCAAAGGGCAUCACUUGGAGCUUUCUUUUAAAGCAGUUGACCCUCCAGCUAUCUCGUUGUGCCUCGUCAGCUGCGUUGAUCAGACAGGGGAGCUCUUGCCAGUAGAUCCUCGUAUACUUGGUGAGGCUGGAGGGUCUGUACUGCUGGCUUUCACUUUCUUCGGGAGUGUCCACCAUUUACCAUUCACCGACUAUUUCGUUUACAAAGCAGGGCCAAAUUUUCCCUGUCUUCAUCUUAUUCCAAGGCCAUAUCCAUCUUCUUUUGAGGCAAAUUUGGUUGCUAUCCUGCCUGUUAAUGAUAACAGUGAAGACUUUGCUGUCGUUUUUCCUCAUGUUGAAUAUUUCGGGCUCGAGUCUCGCAAACAUUACACACUCCACAUUUAUCGAUCUGAUGCAAAUGAUUGGCACACUCAGGUGGCUCAUAUCGCCGAGGAUAAUGAAACAAGGAUAGCUAAGCGUAAGCUAUUGCUUCAUGAUGCCAUGAGCGUGGCAUAUGCAGAAAAUGGUAUCAUAGGUUGGAUUGAUCUUUGGUGGGGAAUUCUCUUAUGCAAUGUCUUGGAUAAAAAGCCUAUCAUCCGUUUUGUUCCAUUGCCAGUACCUGAACCAUGUGAUGCUUCUGAAUUCCAUUUGACGUUUGAGAAUCUAACCCCAAGACCACACCGUCAUGUGACGAUAUUCAAUGAUUUGAUCAAGUUUGUUGAGUUAGAUUUUCAUGUGCAAGAUGCUUUCUGCAACAUGAAGCGAGGAAAAGAUUAUGGUUGGAUGGCUAGGACCUGGAGUAGAUCGAUUUAUUCAGAUAUUUGGCAUGAUGGUCUGACGUUUGAUACAUCUGAGUUAUCUUUCAGUGAUUCAAGUUUGCCGAAUCUUUUACCUGAGAUGUUUGAUGACAAAAACAGUUUGACAUGGGGGAAUUUGACCAGUGCUGGGCCUACAUUAAGCUUGCACGAUGACAAUGUUAUUUACAUUAUGGCGAAGGAGAGCAUGUGCCACCGGACAGCAUAUGUACUUGCUGUGAAUGGUAAAAGUUUGAAGCUUGAGUCUGGUGCGCCUUGCUCUGCUGAAAACAUGUUGUGGUUUGAACCAACCUAUGAUCCGUGUGUUCUUUUUAGGUCUUUUGGCACAACUUCAGAGUCGGUUAAAGAAUUUGAAACCAAAGGGACAAUAUCUGAAACCAAGGAAGGGCUGGCUCUCUCAGUGGUGUCGAAGCGUCUUCGCGCGCUGCGGAAGAAGCAGGAUCGCAUUGCGCAGAUGGAGGAGUCGGUCGCCUCCGGCAAGGUGCUUAACCAGGACCAGAAGGAGGUGAUGCAUUCAAAGCCCACCAUCGCCGCGCUCAUUGACGAGCUCGAGCGCCUCCGCGUGCCACUCUCCACUGCCCUCACCAAGGAGCUCUCCACCGUCCCUGCACCUGCUGCCGGUUCCUCAUCCUUUGGCUCCGAUUUGUCCAUCCAAGACCUCCUCGCGCUUGUCUACUUUGGCUCCCUUUUUUAUGUCAAGUCACCAGACGAGUUCAUCACCACCAUGGUUGCACGCAAGCACGAGCGGAGCAGCUGCAUCACCUACGGCUAUGUAUGGGAUGAUACCGUGGACCUGCUUACGGAGAACGACCUUGAUGCAGUGUCUGCUGUGGCGGCCCUUGCCACGGCUCGCCCUGCUUCUGCGGUUGGCGUCUCCCACCAUGACGCACUCCAGGCCUGUGCCCAUCAUGCCCGCCUAUGGCUCACCCGUGCUGAUGUGCCGAUCCACCCUGGCUCCUCUGUUACAUAUGCUGCGGUGAGGUCCAAGUUAGACAGGAUCAUGGCAUCGGACUACUACACGGCGCACCAUGGAUCUGAAAGUGUGCAGGCACUGAUGAGCAUGACUGUCUCACCAGAGGCACCAUCACUUAAGGAGAACAUAGCUGCUGAAGGUCACAAGGUAAAAUAGCAAAUUGCACUCUUU